AUGAUUCGAACACCUAUUAAGACACGAAGUCUUGCUCGCGCAGAGCGCGAUGCAAAAACAGAUGUCAUUAGACUAUCUAAGUCUUCGCCCCCGCACUCCAUGACCAUCCGACCUGCGGACACGACGUUCGUCGCCGGUAGCAGCCAUAUGGAAACACCGCAGCACAUCGAUGUGCCGCACCCGCUACCAGCGCACAGCAUGUUGUCAAAGUCUUCGUCUGCCCUAAGGAAAAGGUUGGAAUAUGAGCGCGCUAUUGAAAAGGCCAAGAUUGCUAACGAGUUGAUAGACCUGAAGUAUGAGGCUGAUCUAGCCGACCUAAAGUCCGAGAAAUACAGUUCACACCAGAGUGGUAUAAUGUCACGUCACAGCUCCCACAUUAGUAACGCUACUAAGAGCACACGUCAAAAUGUCGAAGACUGGAUAGAGCGAAGCUCGCAAGAACUUGAUCCGUUGCAGCGCGCCCCCGUGCAUGUUGAUAACCCGCGUGACUGCGACCAGCCGGCAGCUACCGACGCCGACUCGAACGAUACGAUCAAAUUGCUUGCAACUGCAGUUAAAAAUUUGACACUCGCUUCCACUAAAGAUAAGUCACACGACAACAUUUUGAGCCGCAUGUGUAUGCCGCGAGAUUUACCCAAGUUUUCCGGCGAUCCGCUCGAAUGGUUACAAUUUAAACAAGCGUUUGAGGAGUCUACUGAAGUAUGUAAAUUUACCCUGAAGGAAAACUUAUGGCGAUUACGUAAGUGUUUACAUGGACAAGCUAAAGAAACCGUGUCAGCCCUGCUUAUGUCCGCCGCCUCGCCUGAUCGCAUCAUGGCGACACUUGAACUUCGUCACGGCGACCCCGAAUGUAUAAUAAGCAGACUUAUUCACGACAUUAAGAAGCUUCAGCCCAUGUCCCAAGAGUACCAGAAAGACAUUGUCAAUUUUUCUGUCAAAGUUCAAAACUUUGUCGAGUCUGUGAAGGCAGUGGGGCGCGAGGAGUAUGUACAAGGUCUCAGUAUUGUACCACUGCUAAUUUCAAAGAUACCACCAGUCCUUGUCUCUAAGUGGUCUGACUACAGCUUCCCAUUGAUUAAGGAGGGAGGAAAGUCACGAUUGUCUAUUAUGUCCGAUUUUCUGAACACCGAAGCUGUCAAGAUCGCUACGACUGCUAACGUCAAUCUACAAAAUUAUCGCCCUGAGCAAAAUAAACAAAAGCAACACGAUACUAUUACGAAAGUUGCACCAAAAGCGCAAGCAAUACUGUUGCAAACUGACCAACGUGACAACACAGAGAAGAACGAUAAGUGCUCAUUUUGCCGCACUCAAUAUCAUAAGUUGCCUGAUUGCAAGAAGUUUAAACGCGCCUUACGUAAAGACAGAUGGCGCCACGUUAAGAAGUAUGGACUUUGCUACAAAUGCAUAUCGCAACGUCACGAUCGUGAGACUUGUUCUGCCCCUAUGUGCGACAAGGAUAAUUGCGGAGAUGCACACCACAGUCUACUGCACUACGAAUAUAUCGGCAAAGACGGCGAUACUUCAACUUCUCGCCCCGUCGAUGUAAAUGUCAGCGCCUUGCCGCAGCCCGAGUCAAACAUAGUCACAGAGCCUACAACAUCGAGUUCUACGUCAUCGCCUGUAACUGAAGCUGCGACAUGCUCUAUAGAUACUGAAAAGCAUGUACUAUUGAAAGUAGUUCCUGUCAACAUUCACGGGCCGAACGGCGUGUUUAGUACGACUGCAUUUUUGGACGACGGGUCUACAGUUUCAUUACUCAGCGUGGAGCUGGCGGCGCGCGCCGGCCUCUCCGGCCACAACGAGACCAUGCGCGUGUGCGGCGCCUGGAAGGACGACGAACUCGUACGCGAAGCAACUGUUGUCAAUUUACGUAUUUCUUGUAUUAAUGGUAGUACGCAUAAUUUAAAUGUACGUAGCGUUGAUCAAUUAGGUAUACCUGUACAAAAUGUCAAAUUAGUAGAUUGCGACCAGUAUGAACAUUUGAAAAAAUUGAAAAAUCAGCUUCCUUAUGCUAAGAUUUCUAAGCCUGAGUUGUUAAUAGGUCAGGACAAUUAUAAUUUACUUGUGCCUUUAGAAUUAUGUUUAGGGCAGGAUGAUGAGCCGUCAGCAACACGUACCCCCUUAGGUUGGUGUAUACACGGGCCGGUACACGUGCCACGCGCGCCGCGGGCCGCACGCCCUGCGCACACCGCGCACGCUACGCUCCACUUGUGCGUGGUGUCUGAGGAAGACGCCGUCGCGCACGCCCUGCGUGAGCUACACGACGAGGUACGCCGCUCGUUUGCGAUCGACUCUUUGGGUGUUGCAGGUAAGCCUAGAGAGAAUGUUGACGAUGUGAAAGCGCAGGAAAUGUUAGACAAGUCUGCAGUGCUCAUCAAUGGCAGGUGGUCAGUGGGUCUACCAUGGAAGGAUCCGCACGUCAGCUUGCCCGAUAGUUACCCUAGCGCCUUUAAGCGGUUACAGGGUGUAGAAAAAAAGAUGCGAGCUGACAAAGCUUAUGGACUCAGGUACGAGGAACGUGUCAACCAUUUGUUUGAAAACGAUUUCGCUCGCGAAAUGGCCGACACGUCACUCACGACCAAUACGUGGUAUUUACCACACUUUGGAGUCGACAAUCCGUGA